GCCAGUGUGCCAGCUAAGGUACCAGGGAGCAAAUGUGGGCGUAUGCUGCAUGAGAAUGCAACCAGAUCCCAACUAUAUACUGACAGGAGACUAUGAUGGAGGAAUUCUACGCUGGGAUGUUCGCAUGCGGAAAGUGAUGCAAGAGUUUCAUGGCCAUGAGAACGAUUACCAUGGGCUGCCAUUUCAUGUUGAUGACACCGCCAACAUCGUCUAUGCAGUUGGAACAGAUGGCUUCACCAGAGCAUGGAGUCUCACUACGGCGCAGCUUCUCUGCACUCUACCUGCUCCCUGCCCAGUCCAGGAUGCUGCCCACGUUCCCAAGGUGCUAUUUUCUACUGAGUGGGGCGGAGUCAGUGGUUGUACAGGCUUCCUAUUUUCGGCCAACGUUGAUAAACGUCCGAUGGCCUACUUAUAUCCAGUCAGACCAGCAGUGUUUCAGCUCUGACAGCAGUACCAACAUAUCAUCCCAGCAGCAUAUAGCAGCCGCCCUAUAAGGAUCGAGUACUCAAUUCUCAAGUUGUUUCAGCAGCAGCCCUAUAAGGAUCGAGUACUCAAUUCUCAAGUUGUUUCAGUUUUUAUAACGAUGUGAAUUAAUUAAUAAAUAUAUUAAGUUAUUUGGUCGCAA